AAAAUGUUGAGCUAUUCGAAUUUAUCGCUGCAUAUGUGUUUUUCAGUUAUUAUUUUUAUUUACGUUGUCUUUGCUUUUUGCUAUCUGUCGUCAGUGGCUAAUGUACUAUAAUUCAGCCCAAAUUUAAGCCCAAGGCUAUAUUUUCAUCCACAGAAUGGAUGAAGUCGCUUCCUUGUCUCUGGACCUUACAGAAAGCUAUAAAAUAGUUGAAGCAGCUGAAAAGGAAAAACUUGUGGAAGAAUUUCUGGACCAGCGCUUAGGGACUGAAGUUGAAAUUGAUGUAGAAUUUCCAUCAGAUUUAGAGUGGUUCAAUAUCAAAGAAGCUAUUACUCUCAGAGAUGAUGUAGAUGACAAGUUAGUGAUUUUGGAUUUCUUCACUUACUGUUGCAUUAAUUGUCUCCAUAUUCUUCCUUCACUUCAUCAGCUUGAGGAAGAACAUUCAGUUGAAGAUGGACUUGUUAUUGUGGGCGUCCACUCUGCAAAGUUCGAGAACGAGCGUGUGUCGGCUAACAUCGCCGCCGCCCUGUCGCGAUACGACAUCCGCCACCCGGUGGUCAAUGACGCCCAGCUGCAGCUCUGGAACCAGCUCGGCAUUGCCUGCUGGCCCACACUGCUCGUGCUCGGACCGGGCCGGCAGCCGCUGCUGCAGCUGGUCGGGGAGGGACACACGGAGCUGCUGCGCGCGUUCACUGCAGCGGCGCUCCGCCGUCUGUCCGCCGCUGGCCGGCUGGGGCGCGGCAGUCUGCCGCUGGCUCCGGCCGCCCGCCUCUCGGCCGCCGGACCGCUGCGGUUCCCCGGCAAACUGUGCCGACUGGAUGAGCGGCGGCUGGUGAUUAGUGACACCGGACACCACCGGCUGCUGGUCACCGACAACACCGGCGCCGUGCUGCGAAUAGUGGGCGGACCCUCGGCCGGCUUCGCUGACGGUCGUCUGGGCGAGUCCAAGUUCAACAGUCCCCAGGGGGUGGCUGUUGACGGAGACGUAAUAUAUGUGGCCGACACGGAGAACCACGCCAUCAGGAAGGUGGACCUGCAGGCUGACCGGGUGGAGACGGUGGCCGGCACCGGCAGUCAGGGAGAGGACCGGGAGGGCGGCGGCGCCGGGCCCUCCCAGCCUCUCUCCUCACCCUGGGACCUGUGCGUGCUCGGGGACCAGCUUUACAUCGCCAUGGCCGGGCAGCACCAGAUCUGGACCCUGUUCCUUCGCGACGGAACGCUGUUUGGAAAACGGCCGGUAUCCGCCGGCACCUGUCUGCGGCUGGCCGGCUCAGGUGACGAGGCCAACCGGAACAACUCGUACCCCCACCGAGCCGCGUUCGCCCAGCCGUCCGGCCUGUCUGCCGACCCGGAGAGCGGCCGGCUCUGGGUGGCAGAUAGCGAGAGCUCCAGCGUCAGACAAGUGGCGCUGGCGGACGGGGCCGUGAAGGCGGUGGUCGGUGGAGCCAAGGACCCCACGAAUCUGUUUGAGUACGGUGACGCGGACUCUGCUGCUGCCGGCGGCGUGGUGCUCCUUCAGCAUCCUCUAGGCGUGGCCUGGAGCGCCAAGGAGUCCGCUCUGUACGUGGCCGACACGUACAACCACAAGCUGAAGCGAGUGACGCAAGAGGGGAAGAAGUUCAGCUGUGUCACCGUGUCCGGUGGGGAGCGAGGGGACGAGACGGGGUCGAUCGCCGACGCCAGGUUCAACGAGCCUGGUGGUCUGAUGGUCGAUUCGUCUGGAGAUGUUCUCCUAGUAGCUGAUACCAACAACCACUGCAUCAAACGGGUAGACCUCACCACCGGCGCCGUCGAAAGGCUGGCCGUCCAAAUGGCGCGCGACUCACCGGACCGCGCGGUCCCGCCGGCGGCUGCGGAAGCCUCGGUCUCGGUCCGAUCGGCCGGUGGCGACAUCUCUGUUCGGCUCGAGCUACUACUGACUGACGUGUCGCUCACCGACGGCGCCCCGCACAGCUGGAAGCUGGACCAACUACCGACCGGCUGGACGGCUCCGUCCACCAGCGGCAGCCUGCCGCCCGGUCCCCUCUCACUCCAAGUGACGGCACCGUCGCUGCAGGCCGGCCAGGUGACGCUGCUGUCGCUCCAGCUGCGGCUCUUCCUGUGCUCUCCGGCCGGGAUGUGUUUCCCGCGGUCAGCGCGAUGUGAGGUGAGGGUGGAGGGGGACCCGACCGCGCAGCGGGGCGCCGAGGUCCGUCUGGUGGUAAAACUGGACUCGAAACAGCCGGGAGUGUGACAGGGCAACGACUGGCUGGGUCAGGUAGCACUGACGCUGGAUUGCGGAGCUGAUGAUAUGGACCUCUUUUUAGAGAACGACACACUUUUUACAGGACCAAUUCAUGUGUCUUCUGUGCUGUUAAAUGAUUAAAGUCUUAUUUAGAGCGGCCUGUCUAUCUAACGUGUAGUUAUUUCAGCUCCUGAUGCUUGUUAACUGCUCUCGUAGCUGUUCGUCGCUUGAUGGUAGGUGGCGUGGCGAUGGUCCUAUGUCGUCUUCCAUCACAUUGCAAUCAUUGCCAAUUUGAUCGUAAGUGUUCUGUACCUGAUCCUGGGAAUCAGCACAUCGCUACUCAUUAUGGCGGUGCCAAAUGAGAAAUGUCCUUUUCUAGCGCAUUGACUUGUCUGUUACUAAUUUUGAACAGCGCUUAUUUUUAUAACGUUCCCCGCUCGCUAACUCGACUGUGAUGAUUGCACUGUGUCUAGAUCGUGCCUUCCACUGAGCGUAUAUUUAACAAGAUGUCUGCUAGAAUACACAAAGCUGUAUAUCA